CCGAGGGGGGAGCGGCGCGUCCGCCACUUGCCCGCGGCGUGGGUGGCUGAGUCGCUGAACUUUUCCCGCCCAGAAGGCGGGAGGAACCGAGGGGCUCUCCUGCCCCUCGGUGGGAAAUGGGGAAGCCGCGGGGCGAGCGGUGGGUUUUGUAGGCAGGGGCUGAGCUUGAGGCGGAAGAGGAGGCCUCGGGAGAAAGCGCCCGGCCCAGGGGCAAAGGCCGCCAUGGAGGAGUCCCGCCGUGGGGAUGGCGCGCCUGUGAAGACGCGGGAGCCCAUGUCCUCCUCCUCCUCCUCCUCGGGGGCCAGUCGACUGUGGAGGCUCAGCAACCUGCUCAUGGCCCUCUUCUUCGGGCUAGCCGGGGCCGUGCAGGUCAAUGAUCCUGAUCCUGGACUUUGGAUAGUUGUGUACUCUGUGCCUGCAGCUCUCACAUUGGUUGUUUGCCUCAACCCACCAAUUGCAGAUAACAUUGUGUGGAGGAGUGUGUCAGAUCUACAUUCAGCUGCUUGUGUUAUGGGCUCUGCCAUCUUGGGGUGGUCUUUGUUUGCUAAUGCACAAAACAAUAUCUUGCAUGAGGAGGAAGGCAGGGAGCUAUUUGGGCUGGUGAUUGUUACAGUCUGGAUGAGCCUUUGUCGUAGUUCAGCCAAAAACUCCCUGGGUGGAAUUCGCUUGGUCCUUGCGAUUUCUCUCUCCCUUAUUCCAUUCGUAAUGUGGCUGUACAUCUACAUGAAUGCAGAGAUGCGAGCAUCUUGGCCAUCUCAUUGUAAAACAGUUAUUUAGGAUAAUGGAAUGAACCCUUACUCUUCUGCUGAUCAGUUCUCAAUUACUGAUUCUUUAGUAAUCCCCAAUCAACAGCCACAUCUGUGUCUCAGAUAAUUUAAAACUAGUCUCCAAGAUAAUUUGAUUUAUCUCUUCUCUUACCAAAGACUAGAUGGGGGAACAAUCAGCGGGAAAGAUUACAGAUUGUGAUCUAGAUUUCAGGAACAUAAUAAAAAUGCCUUAAAGUGAGGUGCAUGCCCAUGUAUGUACAGUGGAUUGUAUUGAAUGAAACAGGAUGCUGUGGGGACAGCUGAAGUUAAGCGGUGGUUUGAGCUUCAUGCUGAAACUAUUGAGGCUGAAGAAGGACAAUGAGGUAUAAAUGGACAGCGAUGGCUAUGCAUGUUCAGAGAAUGGAAAUAAAAUUGCCAGUAAUCAGAGAAAGAUGCCUUUCAAUGGUAUCUGCAGUCUUUUGCUGUGACAUUUAUUCCAGUUACACAUUGCAUCUGCGUCUUCUGCACAGCAGAUUUUAAUCUACAGAAUGUCACAUUUGAUGCAUUUUUCAUUUAUUUAGUCAUAAGUAAACAUUUGAUGUAUGGUAUUGGACCAGGGUAAUUUUUGAUAUGGUGAUGGGCCCAGUUGUCUCUUUUAAGACAUGACCAUGGAAACUGAUGCAACUUCAGACUUAAUCAUAUGCAGACAUGAUAGGAUUUUGGAGGGCUACUAGUGCUUUAGUCAAAUAACGCUUUCACCCCAUUGGAUAUACAUGAAAUCUGAGAUCUUUAAUAGAAUCGAUAACACAAGACAGCAGUGGGCAGACUUUAUAAUGUGGGGCCUGCAUUGUUCUUUGGUCAACUGUCAGCUCCACCAGCCAGAGCCAAGGGCAAAAUAAUGGUAGAGAUGGGCUGAGAAAGAUAAGAGAAUUAAGAGCCACUGUGCUUCUAAGCACAUGCUUAAUCUGGAAGUUUGUUUUUGAAGCAGAAAUUAAUUUAGUCACUUCUGGUGCCACCCUUUCCCCAAUUUCAACUUCCUAACGCAGUGUAUGUGGAGACUUUAAAACAUUCAAUGUACCAAAUAUACAUUUUGCUCUGGUCACUGUUCAACAUUUGGGAAUCAGAACUUCUGGUAUAAUGAAAAUCCAAGAUUUACUUAGUAGGUCUCAAUCUGCUUUCCACCCAUCCUGAGGCACCCCAGCCCUUAGGUAUAUGUACUGCUGCCCACCCCACCCCUCCCUUACUCUCGAGACUCUUUUCUUGCUGUACUACAUAAUUAAGAGUUUCCUAAUUCUAAAAUUCAUGUUUUCACACUGUUGAAAUCCUAUGUGAAAACUAAAUAUGGAAACAGAUGAAGAUGUUAUGGUGAAUAGGCUCAAUACUCAUUGAUCUGCUCUUUGCAAAUAUGGUUCCCUUUACAGUUUGUAAAAAUAUAUUUUUGUAUUUCUGCCAAAAAUAAAAAAUAUGGACAAAAUGUAAUUUGUUGUUUAAGGAAUUUUCUUUUUCAGCAAAAGUUACAGUGUAACUUGAAGAGAGCAACAAAGAUAAAAAGGUGGGAGAGGGAUGAAAUUCAUAUUCACUGAUGGAACUGACUAGUCCCGUUCCUAUGGUAGUUAUUGGUUACUAAUGCAACAGAAGGACAAUGAAUAAAAACAUU